GAAUGCCAGCUCCUAGAGGGGCCAAGUUUGAGACCUGAGGGGAUGUUGGGACCUCUAGGUGUUUAUUCAGAAGAAUGGCCUGGUGGUGUACUUCCACAAUACCAGGCAUCGAAACGCUAUGGAGCACUGUUCUAUUCUGACACACACGGGUUGCCAACUGUUUUUUUUUUCUCUUUUUGUAUUUGUGUGUUUACAGCUGGGUUGAAAGAUGGAGAUUAAUAAUGUAAUAAAUUUUUUAUGGUACAUCACCUGAAUUGUGCCUGUCUUCUGGUAAAUUUUCCUUUGAGCUUCUAGAAGUUGUUAGUAUCUCUAAGCAAUUCCUUUUGUUUUCUUUGGUCCUUGGGAAGCACAUGUUGUGUAAUAGGGUUAGAGAGAAGGCCACAGUUCUGCCGAGGGUGGAAUUUUGCAGUCAUCUAAGAAGUGAUGCCAUCUGCGCCUCUGAGAGUGGGUGCAGUCGGGCUGAGGCCAGUGGGCCUGGAUGCGUAGGGUGUCAUUCGUCUUCUUUCAGAGUCAGGUUUUCCUAGUGUGGAUUCAUUAUUUGUCUUCAAGCGGUAUGAAUUCCUAGAUAUCAGUUACAGCCGUAGUUCAGUUGUCAGAACACCAAGUGCCUUCAAGAUCCAAAAAGAAAAGCAUUGGGCUUUAUCUGCUCCUGUGAAUUGUCUUUGUUGCCAGUGUCUUAGUUAGUGUUGGAAAAUUAAAAUUUGAUUGCAACAUGACUACCUUGGUUCAAGUAGCCCUUUUUUUUUUUUUUUUUUUUUUAGUGCCUUCAGAAGAUAGAAUUUUAUUUCUCUGUCACAUAACAGUGUGCCACCUCAGGCAGGUGGCACAGGUAGUGUCAACAGCCCCACUUCAUGGGGUCAAUCAGAGACCAGCUGCUUUCUCUCCCAUUGCACCUCACCCUCUAGAGUGUGGUCCUCAUCUGCAUGGUCAAAACUAGCCCAGUGUCAUCAAGUUGCUUUUUGACUCAGAGUUCAAAAUCCCAUUUCCCUUUAUUGCUUACUUGCCCCUCCAGUAAGUUUGAACUUAGAAGGCAGCGCGCUCUGAUCCUUAUUUGUAGGUAGAGAAGCUAAGGUUGGGAGCCAUGCUGAAAUGAAGCCCACGCUGCUCUGGAACACUGUAGCAGUGUAGGGAAAUUCAGGCCUUUCUCCUUUCCCCCAGGUAUGGGCAGGCUGGCCACUGUGUGGAGAGAGACUGUAGCAACACAGUUCAGCUGGGGAGGAGCACUGGGAAUAUCUUUUCUACUCUCACAGUGGUCCAGUUGUUUUGCUCUUUUGUUUAUAGUCUUAUUUCCUACCAGAGCCUGGUGAUUACCUCUCAGUGAAGAUAUUCUCUAUCUUCCUUUCCAGGGGGUGAGUUCUGGCUUUGAAUGGUUACCAAUGAAUUUAUCCUUUUUAUUGUUUCCAGGCUCUACAGGUACUCCUCACUCCUCCCCCACCCCCUAUGUAUUACUCGUGAUUCUGAGAACAAGAUAACAAGCCCAUUCCUCUAGAUGGAGAAAGGAGGGCACAUAAUUUCUAAAUAGGUUGAAUUAUCUGCUAGUUUUUUUUAUAACAUAUUUGAGAGGCAAAAGAUGGAUGAUGGGCUUUUCACUAGCCCAGGAUUACCUUAAAUGAUACCCAGGUAUUUGGACAGGUUGACUAAAGAAGAGCAGAGGGAAUGAGGUGAGGAUUCUAGGGUGGAGGGGUGGGUGACAGACUGAAUUCUCGGUGCGUGACUGUGCUCAUGGAGCUCUCUGUUCCAAACAGUUCCUUCUGUGGUUUCAGGAGCUUAGGACAAUUGGACAACCCUGAGCUGCCAGUCUGGUUCUUAGGGCUGAGAGCAGACACCUCAGACCAGAUUUUGGCCCAUUGGGUGGCCUGGGCUCUCUGGAGGUGUGUACUCAAGAGGAUGGGUGAUAUUUAGUGUGAAUGUUUGCAGAGGGUGGUCGAUUUUUGUAGGGUUUCUUCUAGCUGAGAGAUUCUGUGACUGCGUGGACCUAUCUCAAGCAGGACCAGCUCAUACCUUUGGUAGAAGACUCUAGACUGCGUUUCUCAGGUUCAGGACACUGGUUAUUCUUCCCUUCUUCUCUCCCUUCUCUGGACAUCUCGGGCAGUCCUUGAUAAGGUUGAUGGGCUUUGUAAAAUUGACCAGUCGCAGAACCCGAGAGCUAGAUGGUACCUUAAGGUUAAUGUAGUUGGCGAUUUUAUCUUAGGGAUAAUCUGAUUGGUAAUUUCAGGCUUUUCUUAGUAGUAAAGUCCUGUCUUCAGAUCACUUCCUCCAUAGACGUCCAAUAAAUUAAAAAAGAAGUGGAGGCACUCUGGCUGAAGUUAGGGGUGUGAGUCUUGGCAUCCCCCCCCAACACACGCACACAGUAGUGGCCCCUGAGGUACCUUGUGGAACGACCUUCUCUCUCGGGUUCUGAGAAGUGAAGAUUUGCAAGCCAUUGGUCUAGUCCAGGGUCCUCUUUAUAAAUAAGAAAACUAGGAUCCAGAAAACAACAUAAUUUCAGCCCAAGGGAAUUUUUCUUCCCUCUUUGGUUCAUGCUUUACUUUAAAUGGAGGGUGGGUUUCUGCCAAGGGCUUGUCAAGGGCUGAGGUAGCAAGUAUAAAUCAGAACUAUUUUGUCUUAGUUUUCUCUGCAUGUUUAUAUACCCAUCUAGGAAACACAGCCUGAGCAGGGACUUCUGCCUUCUCCUUCCUUUCUCUACGGCCCGUCCCCUCUCCCAGCACCUGGGCUUGCUGGCUUGGACCUAGAGCAAGAGAUGCAGGCUAGAAGUGAGGGCUCCUUUAAGAAAGGGAAGAGCUCAUGCAUGCUGGGCGACACCCCCUGGCCUCUCGUGGGCACUCUGCCCAGCAAGCUGCAGCCACUGUCCACAGGCCAAGCUUCGCGAACCCACCGGAUCUUUGCCGACGUGGAGAAAAUCUUAGGCAGGGCCCCAGCCCAAUGCAGGACAGAAUUAGGUGACCAACAGGGUCUGGAGAAACCCCAGAAGCCAACAGAGAAAGUCUACCUGGGGUUUUCAGACCCUGAAAUAGAAGAGCUGGAAAUGAGGAACAGACAGCAGAAACCCAGUGCUCUGGGCCCUGAGAACGUCAGACCUCUCCACCGUGGGCAGGAUGUGGUGGAGAGCAGGAGCCAGGCCUCGGUCCACUCAAAGCUUUCAGAAACUAUCAGGGGUCCGCAGCUGAAAGGGGAGCGGCACAGCCACAACAUAGCCAAACUGAGCUCCACAGGCCCCAGAGGGGACGAGGGCCAGAGCCCCAUCUCUUUGCCAUCCCAUGGGGAGGAGCCCUCCCUGUCCCCUUGUUCUUCUGACCAUAUACUGCCUACCAGGAAAAACAAGCUGCUCUUGUUAGCUAGCAGCCCAGUUGAAGACCUGAGUUGGCAGGGAGUUCCUGGGGAAGGGGGGAACAUGGGCAAGGGGAGGAAGAGGAGAGAGCCCCCAGGAUUGUGGAUGGGACAGGUCUCUGAGCUUGUCAACAAGGACACCCCAGGGAGCAACAAGGGAACAGAGCCUAGUGACCCUGAGGUUCCAGGGGCCUCAGCUGAAGAUGUACCUCAGGGCCUCUUUCUGAUACCACCUGAUACCCUGGCAUCAGAAGCAGCUCAGAAUGCCCCUUCAGGGAGUACCCCUGGGGUCUCGCCUGGCAGUGAGAAUAGACAACCCCCAGCGUCUCCAGAGCUCCCUGAUGAAGGUAGGAAGCUUAGUGUGUCUGGGCCUGACUUGGAGAGCAAAAGCAGCAGCAGCCUGGCCUCACACGUUGGCUCUCAGGUUCUGGGUGAGGUGAACAACUUCCCUUGGGACUUGCAGAGCUCACAGGGAUCUGAACCGGGAGUGGAUCAGUCAGGUCCUGGACCCGGAACUCAACAUGCCAACCCCUUCCUAGCACCCCAGUUGCCCCACAUCCAGAGCUCUGCAGAUGAGCAGUCAGAGAGUGAAGACUACUCGGAGGAUCAGAGGCUCUACCAGCACAUCCUGCAGAUGGUCAAGAUCUCCAGCCGGCUGGAGGGCCUGGGACUGCCUGAGAGCAUGCAGGAAAUGCCAUGCAAAGACAUUGCCAGCAUGGUCUGUUGCAUGGCAGCUGAGUCUUCCAGGAUGUCUAGUGAGGGUGAGCAUGAGGUCAUCAGAGCCCUGGAGAGGGACUCGAGGUUUUCGGCUUGGGGCCCAGAGCUGCGGCAGCAUCCUCAGGAGGUGGCUCUUGCCCCUGCUGGGCAGGAGGCCUCUCAGCCAGCCAGUUUCCAUCCAAGCAGCAGCCCGCUCAGGCAGGGGCUAAUUGAGCUGAGCUCCAGCAGAGGCCUGGUUGCAGAGCCAGGCAAGAUACAGCUUCUCAACCAGGCCCCGGGUUCCUCAUUAGCCCCAGUCCACGUUCCUCUUGGGGGCCUGGCUCCAUUACGAGGCCCUUUGGAGGCCUCACCCUCUGCUCUUCGUGGAUCUCAAAAUGUGAGCCUGGGAAGCUCGGUGGAAUCUGGUCAGCUUGGAGAAUUCACGUUGCCUUCACAGGGUCUCAAGACUUCUGCUUUUACAAAGGGUCUCUUGGAAUCCAUUCAUGAGGAUAAGAACGCUCUCAACCUCUUGGCUUUAGGGGAGGAGACCAAUGAGGAGGAGGAUGAGGAGAGUGACAACCAGAGUCUCCGCAGCUCAAGUGAGCUUCGUAAGAACCUGUACCUGGACAUCGGGGCAUUGGGGGGUGACUUUGAGUAUGAGGAGUCUCCCAGAAUAAGCCAGCCAGAGGAGAAGAAGGAUGCUUCUCUGGAUUCCGAUGCUGUCGGUCCCCCUACUCCCGGCAAGCUCUUCAGCCAAGAAACAGACAGCAGCCUGAGCAGUGCCGAUGGCCAAGGGCAACAGGGAAGAGGGGUGGGCGCUUGGCUCUCAGGAAAAGAACAGAAUGAGAAGAGUGAUCCUGGGGUCUCCAGGAGUCAGGUGACCCCCAGGGUGGACCCAGGGGGUGAUCAGCGUGGCAAACCCUCUGAAAAGGAGGCACCAACGGACCCGGUGGAUGCAGGAAAGGAGAACUUCAGGAAGGAAGAGGCAGCAGAGGAGUCAAAAAGGGAGGCUUCUGCCCCAAAAGAGAGCGGAUCAGAUGCCAGUGAAGAGUUGGAGAUCAGUGAACACGUGAAGGAGCUGCAGCUCUCAGACUCUGCUGCUUCCAACCCCAAGUCCUUCCUUGACCUGGACUUUGGUUUUCGCAGCCGGAUUACAGAGCACCUGUUGGAUGUUGAUAUGCUUUCCCCGGUCCUGAAGGGAGCCCACUGGGAGGCCCAGGGAUUGGGAAGAGAGGUCAAGGUUGGCAGCCAGUUUAGCCGAGAUGAGCUGCAGAGCGUGCAUUCCAAAGGCUCCGAGAGGUCAUCUCCUUCACUUCUGCACGGGAAACAGCUCCAGAGUCCCUUUCCCAGCCAGACCACUAGAGGAGGGCCUCCACGGGCCCCUGAGGGGCAGCCUGAGCAGGAGGAGGCAGGGGAGCCUGGGGAGCACUCUGGAGCCAGCCCCGCCUUGCUGGUUUCCCUCCAGAGAGAGCAGGUCCCAAGCCUACCUGCCACCCACGAGAGGGGCAUGGAGCAGCGCUCCCAGGCCGAGGAGCUGGGUCCUGGGGAGGAAGAGGCUGAGGAGCCCGAGGAGCAGGUGGCGGUCAGCCCCACCCCGCCAGUCUCUGCAGAGGUGUGGUCCACAGAGCCUGCGGCUCCCACAAAGGAGCUCUCAGAGGCUGCUUUAAAGACCAUGGAAGAGGCAGUGGCACAAGAGCUCAAGCAAGACCAGAAGCGGUUACUGGAAUUGAGGCAAGAGAAGAUCCAGCAGCUGCAGGAGAAGCUGCGGCAGGAGGAGGAAGAGGAGAUCCUCCAGCUUCACCAGCAGAAGGAGAAGUCUCUCAGUUCCCUGAAGAAGCAGCUGCAGAAAGCCACUGAGGAGGAGGAGGCUUGGUUGAGAGAAGAGGAAAGCCAGAAGCUAUCCCGGCUCCGAGCCCAGGUCCAGUCCAGUGCAAAAGCAGAUGGAGAUCAAAUGAGGGCCGAGCAAGAGGCUUCCCUGCAGAGGCUGAGAGAAGAGUUGGAGUCUCUACAGAAGGCGGAGAGGGCCAGCUUAGAACAGAAGAACAGGGAAAUGCUAGAACAACUCAAGGAGGAGAUGGAGGCUUUGGAGACAAGACAGCGGGCUGCCCUGAUUGCUGAGAAAGAGAGGGCUCUGCAGCAGCUGAGGGAGCAACUGGAAGAGGAGAAGAAAGAAGCCAUGACUGGGCUGGAGAGGGAGCACAGUGCUGAGCUGGAGCAGCUCCGUUCCUCGUUGGAGGCCAAGCACAGGGAGGUGGUUUCUGGCCUCCAGAAGAAGAUAGAGGAAGCUCAACGGGAAGAGGUAGCCCAGCUGCAGGACAGCCUUGGGUGGGUGGAGCAGAGAACUCAUCAGAAAGUUCACCAAAUGAUUGAGUACGAGCAAGAGCUCGGUGGCCUCCUGAGAGAGAAGCGUCAGGAGGUGGAAAGGGAGCACGAGAGGAGAAUGGACAAGAUGAAGGAGGAGCACCAGCAAGUGCUGGCAACGACCAGGGAGCAGUAUGAAGCUGAGGAACGGAAGCAGCGUGCCGAGCUCCUGGGGCACUUGACUGGAGAGCUAGAGCGCCUGCGAAGGGCCCACGAGCGCGAGCUGGAGACCACAAGGCAGGAGCAGGACAAGCAGCUUGAGGACUUGCGGCGUCGGCACCGGGAGCAGGAAAGGAAACUCCAAGAUUUAGAGGUGGAACUUGAAACCAGAACUAAAGAUAUCAAAGCCAGAUUGGCUCAGCUGGACGUCCAGGAGGAGACUGCCCACAAGGAGAAGCAGCAGCUCCUGGCUGUGCAGAGGCAGGUUGCUCGGGAGAGCGAGGAAGCCGCAGCCACCCAUCAGCGCCUGGAGGAGGCAAAGAAGGAGCACGCCCACCUGUUGGAGUCAAACCGGCAGCUCCGAAGAGUCCUCGAUGAGCUUCAGGCCCAAAAGUUGGAGUUAGAGUCCCAAGUGGAACUACUGCAGACCCAGAGUCAGAGAUUGCAGAAACGGCUCAGCGGCCUAGAGGCUGAAGCUCAGAGGAAGCAGGACACAGUGAACGAGUCAGCAGUCGAGAGUAAUGCUUCCCCAUGCUUCGAGCCAGACCUUCACGUUGAAGACCUGAGGAAAUCUCUUGGGACAAACCAGACCAAAGAGGUAUCCUCCUCUCUCUCCCAGAGCAAGGAGACCGACUUGUCCCUGGACAGCAUCCGGCACUACCUCUCCGCCGAGGGGCUAGCACUUCGCAGUGCCAAGGAGUUCCUGGUGCGGCAGACACGCUCCAUGCGUAGGCGGCAGACGGCUCUGAAGGCCGCCCAGCAGCACUGGCGCCAUGAGCUAGCCAGCGCUCCGGAGGCAGCCAAAGACCCGCCGGGCACCAGCGUUCUGGAAGAUGUGCGCAAGAGCCUGGAGGAGGAGACCAAGCACCUGGAUGAGAUGAAGUCUGCCAUGCGGAAAAGUCAGGACCUGCUAAAGAAGAAAGAAGAGAAGCUGAGCCAGCUGGAGUCCUCUCUUCAGGAAGAGGCCUCAGAUGAAGAUACUCUGAGAGGAGCCUCUGCCAAGAAGGUAGUGACCUUUGACCUCAGCGACAUGGAAGACAUGAGCAGUGAAAGUUCUGAAUCUUCCCCCGUGCCUCAAAUCAAGCUGACCCCAAGUCCCACCUUCCCCAACAAGAUCCACUACUUGAGCAGUUCUCUGCAGCGGAUCAGCAGCGAGCUGAAUGGCGUCCUCAGCAUGCUGGGCAGCCUCAACACACAGCCUCUGCCCCCGCUCUUCAAUUCAGUGCCAGCGAAGCUCUCUCCCUUGGCCUCCAAGGGCACCCCCGUUCCCACCUACCCGUCCCUGCCCAGGGUCUCAGCCCCGGCCCCAGUUACACCCAUGUCUACCCGGUGGGCCUGGGACCCGGGGCUGGGCCCUAGGCUCUCCUCCUCUGUGGCUCAGACAGUGGACGACUUCCUGGUGGAGAAGUGGCGCAAGUAUUUUCCAGCUGGAGUUCCAGUUCUCAGUAGUGGUCCUGCCCCCCUGGAGAAUAGACUGGGUUAUGUGUCGGCUAGCGAGCAGCUCCGUCUCCUGCAGCAUCCCCAUUCCCAGCUCCCUGAGGUGGGAAGUAGCAACUUUCAAGGCAUGAUCGAAGCUAACCGAAAGUGGCUAGACCAUUUCAAGAAUGACCCCAAGUCACGUCUCUUCUCAGUGCCCAAGCCGACAGCCACCUCGGGCCUGCUGCAGCUGGGCCUGGAUGAGAACAACAGACUGAAGGUGUAUCACUAUUAAGGCCCUGAGCGGUGGGUGCGGGCUGCCGGGCCUGUCCUCUGCCCAGACCAAGUGCCUGAGGCGCUGCCUGCGCUUUAUUCCCUCUGUAAAUCAUUCUCUUGUCCCCUCUCUAAUGCUCGGUCCACUCAGGACUUGAAGGAACCCCUGGGGACUGGGGGCUGAAAAGGAAGACAUGGCUAGAAGCAGCAGGCUAUACCCUCUGUGACCACGUAGCAUAUCUCAGGCUGGACUGUCUUGGACUUCUGCCAGCCAGCAGCUUCUGCAUCAACACAACAACACUGAUGAUGUGGGCGGCUAAGGGGCAGGUCGGUGUGGGGCACCCAGGGCGUAGACACCUUUAGGAAGAAGAGUGGCAUUCAAGGAGUUGCCUUUGAAGGCCAAGGGCAUCGCUUUUGAGCCAGGUUAGUCCCUUGGACCUGCAGGGCACUGCUCAGGGCUCCUGUGAAGAUGAUGUGUUAGGUCGUUAAUUUACCAGGAUGCAGCCACCCAGCAUUCUACUCUCUGGGGCCAGGCUCUUCUGCGUCCAUACCUGUCUCUCCAAUACCUCAGUUUCAUAGAGAUCAGGCCCUUUCCUUUUUUUUUAAUACCCCCUUUCUUGAGCACUCGGUUUUGCUUGUUGAUUCUCAGAAUUGGGCUCCUCUGCCCUGCUCCCUGCCUGACGUUGCUGGAGGCUGGGCCCGGGAAGCUUUGCCUCCUAUCUUCCCUCUGCUGGCAGUGCGCUUUCUUCAGGGCUUUCCUCAGCCCCACCUCCACAGAGCCGUCCCAGGUCUCAAGCACACAACUUCUCCAGGAAGCCAAAGAGCCGUGGGAAAAGCCUGGGAUGCCUUCUAAUCCCUGAGUUUUUCUCUUCCCAGGGCACUGGGAGUAUAUUCGUGGGUCCUUGUUUUCAUUCAUCUUUUCCACCUGGCUCCUGGCACCCGGGUUGCAUAAAUAUAGUUCCGUCUCACUUUCUACCUGGGCUACCCUGUGCCCCCCACCCAAUGCCACUACAGCCUCUUCUCAGAGCUUGGCGACUAGGAGAAGAGGCUCAGGGCUGGGCCAGCCGUGGCCUUGGCAGUGAGGGAUCUUGUACCAGUUGGCAUUGCUGCCAUUUUGGCACAGCUCCCUGCAGCCCCACUUCCCAUCAGUGGGCUCCUUGGGGUUUGCAGGAGAUGGUCUCUGACAUCUGUCUCAUUGUUUAAAUAAAACACGCCAUUUUUCUUGUCUAUAAAGCUGUGGGGUUGCCCUGGCCUCUCCAACACAUAGUAGCCAAAUCUUUCCCUCCCACCUCUCAUUUCCUUGCCGUGGAAUAAGAAACUAACACCUAUAUCGGCCCUUUUUUUUUUUUUUUUUUGCCCCCUCAGAUACAUUUUAGGCUUCAGCCUACCACACAGAAAAGGUCCAUUUUGUUACUUGGUUCGUCCUGUGUGCUUUGGGAAUGGCUCACGUGUUACAACCAACUCUGGUGACAAUCCUGUGUUUUCUACAUCAAUUAAAUCACUGCAGGCCCAUUUUCUAAAGGCAGGCGUGUGACUGUGUCUCCUUCUGUUUGGAGGCCUCUGCCUCGUUUCCUCCUGAGAAGGGAGGAAGGAAAAAAUUAAUAUUCAUGGCACACUUCCUAGGUGUCUGGUUUAACCAUCAUAAGAAACCUGUGAGGUAGGUAUUUCCAGCUCUGUUUUUAUGGAGGAAGAAACCAAGGCUUAGAGACCUUGAAGUGCUUGGGGUUGCAGAGAAAGUUCAGAGCCUUUAUCCCUGCAGCCCUGCACCCCCAGAGCUCCCCCUCCCCAGCUGCCAGCUCCUGGGAAGUGCUGACUCUCCAUCUCUCUCUCAGAGCCAGCCCCCCUACUUCCUCAUCUGCCAGCUGGAGACCCACAGUACCAUUUCCCAAAGGCCAGAUGGCAUUUCCUGCUCUGCAGACAAGUGGAAGAUGAGCCCCCGAAGCCCUGAGCUGGCUAAGUUAGGUGGGCUGUUUCUGCUCCAGUGAUGUCAGCAGCCUGCAUACAGUCUCGGCUUUGUAAUAACAAAAUCGCUAGGAGAACUAACUGAGUGGCCAUGUUUCAUGGGUUUGGAUAAGAAAACCAACUUAAACACAAAACAUCCAAUAACCCAGCCACCUCUGUGUCCCAGUGUCCUGGCAGCUCUGAUAAAACAGGAAGAAAGAAACCUGGCAUUUAUUGAAUGCCUUCUGUGUGCCAGGGGCUAUUUGUGCAGUUUCAUGUAAUCCUCUUACCCUUAGGAAGUUGGUAUUCUUAUUUCAUAGGUGAGAAAAUUCAGGCUCAGAGAUGUUGAGGGACUGUAGUCCAAGGUCACAGAACUAAUAACCUAGGAUUUGAACCCAGAUCCGUAUGUCUCUGAAAGUCGAGUCUCCUGAUCAGGUACCCCUGUGUCAGCAUCUCCUGUCCUCCUGGCUCACAGAACAGUCCUGGCCAGCUUGAUCUGAAAUCUUCAUCUUAGGAAGGAAUGGCUUCCAGCCAGGGGACAAAACCUUCCUGGGCCAAAGCUUGCAAAGGGACUUUUCAAAAGACUCCCAAAUGUCCCAUUGUUCCCCUCGUGGAUUUUAUUUAGAAUUUAGCUGGUGAGACUAGAAGCGUAGGCCUUCGGAGUUGAAAGAGGCCUCGGGGAUCACGCAUUCAGCCGACUCCUCUCUUAGAGUGGAGGAAACGACCUAGAGAGGCUACAGGCUUUGGCCAGAGGUCCACAGUGUGUGGCCGAGGUGGCACCAGCCUGACCCCCAGCCUGGGGCUUCAGGAAAGAGUAUUUUUCUAAAAACAGGUAUUUUGAAUCGGUUCACGUGUUGACAUGGUUCGGUAUUCAGAUGGUAGAGAAGUUUCUCACUCUGCCCAGGAACCAUCUAGUGAUCCUCCUCGAAGGUAACCAAUAGUACCAGAUUCUUCUGGAGAUUUUAUGCAAAUACAAGAAGAGGCAUCAUUUUGACCCUCUUCCCCAUCAUUCUUAACAUAGGGUCAGAUGGAUUCCCAAAAUGCUUCUGUGAGAUGUUCAUUGACUUUUCUUUAAGGGAGCAAUGUUGGAAGUGAUGGUAAAGAACCUCCCCCCCCCGCCCCCGCUGCUAUACCACACAGAUGCACACAAACCUCCACACAAAAUGGCAGUCUGGGGAGUGGGAAGCUGGCCCUGACCUUACGACACCCUGGUUUACUUUUGACUCAACACUUAUGAGCUCUGUGAUCUGAGCGAGUUCUUUCUUGGCCCCAGUCUCCUCCCUGCUCCAAAGCUGUAAGCCUGAAUCCAGACUCCAGGGAUGUAGCAGGGGUGCGAUGGCUGCCUCGGCUUCAGCAACUCUGAGGGGUCAUUUUGGGUGAGGAG